AUGAGCGCUCACCUGGCCAUGCCGUCCUACGGCGCCGUUAGGUGCGGGCACUACUACUGGCCCUCCCCGGGCAGCAUGGAUAGUGCGUCCGCUGAGGAAGCUCCAGCAGCAGACCUUUCCUUGACCGCAGCGCAGAAGACGCCCAGCCACCCAGAUGCCUCUCCAGCUUCCUCCAGCUCUGGGACACUCAUUCAGUAUACCCCGGACUCUGCCACUAGCCCCACUGCAGACCACCCAUCUCACCACCCCACUUUUCAGAAGGUCAAGGAUAAAGGUGAGAGUGGGGCAAGGAAGGCCAAGAGCCGCACGGCUUUCUCUCAGGAGCAGCUGCAGACCCUGCACCAGCGGUUUCAGAGCCAAAAGUACCUCAGCCCCCAUCAGAUCCGGGAGCUAGCUGCUGCCCUGGGGCUCACCUACAAGCAGGUGAAGACAUGGUUUCAGAACCAACGGAUGAAAUUUAAACGUUGCCAAAAGGAGAGUCAGUGGGUGGAUAAAGGGAUUUAUCUACCACAGAAUGGGUUUCAUCAAGCUGCGUAUCUGGAUAUGACCCCUACAUUUCACCAGGGCUUCCCUGUUGGUGCCAACAGAAAUCUUCAGGCUGUGACCAGUGCACACCAGGCUUACAGCAGUGGCCAGACUUAUGGGAAUGGGCAGGGCUUGUACCCAUUCAUGGCUAUGGAGGAUGAGGGGUUCUUUGGAAAAGGUGCAACAAGCUGCAAUACCCAGCAGGCCAUGGGCCUAUUAAGUCAGCAGAUGAACUUCUAUCAUGGCUACCCUACCAAUGUGGAUUAUGACAGCUUGCAGGCAGAAGACGCCUACAGCUUCCAAAGCACCUCUGAUAGUAUCACACAGUUCUCGAGCUCUCCAGUACGGCAUCAGUACCAGGCCCCUUGGCAUACCCUGGGGACCCAGAGUGGUUAUGAGACUUAG